GCGUGAAGAUAACUAGAAAGGUUUUUUUCAUUUAUUUAUGAGAGAUUUCAAUGUUUUAAGAAAGUACUUGAUGCUUUCACCAGGAACAUAGAAUUUGAAGGCAAUAAACUUGCCUAUGAUUGUUUCGAAGGAAAUGCUUCUACAUACUCGAUUUUUAGACAGAUCUGCAUUAUCGAUCUGAACGGAAAAACGCCGGCGUAUUAUUUAGAAAAUAAAAAAAUAUUAAAACUUCGCUUCUUCGUGCACCGUUCAAGGCAAGCCAGUGCGCGAUUUCUAUGAUGUGAGCUGACUCACAUCUCACACAUAGUGUCUUCAGUAUCGCCUCUCACCGUACUGUAUAAGUUCCACGCAAAUGUGUUAAUGCGCGAGUUGUGAGGUCAUACACCCACCUUCACAGGUGGUUCGUUUUUCAUUCAAACCGUGCAGUUGUAAGACGAACGCGCGAGGAUCUUUUAAGAACAUCCGGUUAAGUCCAAUAAUUCUUUUCACACGAUGAUCAUGAGGACGUUGUUCGCAGUUUAUCCAGUGUCACUGGUGUUCGUAUUCACGGUCACUGCCAUUGGCAGUAAUUACACAGAUAUUAAUCUACCACACGAACAUGUGAAGUAUUAUUUCAAUUCUUUUCCCACGGCGGCAGAAAAAUGCCACAAUGAUGCGGCGUGUCCAUAUAAGGAUAGUCUCGAUAGCAAAGCUUGUUGGGGCUACGAGGAAGAUUGCAAACCGGAAAACUCAUUUUCCAUUCCGCAUUGUCCAGGUGAUCAUAAAGGAUGGGUCGCUACAAAAAGAGCUCAAUUGGACACAUAUUAUGCACAAGGCGAUUUUGGAUAUAUACGCGACCAAAGAAAAGAGAUGAUGCUAUUAUGUGAACCAUUAUUUAUAGAUGAUUCAUCCUUAGAGUGUUCGGAGCAUAUGAGAUUCUGCAGAGCAAGAAACGUGAUGCUAAAUUUUACAGAUUUGCUGAACCGAAAGGAACCUUUACGAUACAAAAUGGAUGUAUUAAAAGAAGGUCAAAUUGGCGGUUACUGCACGCUGAACGAAAAGAGAUUACAGGAAAACGUGGAUCAUAUUAGCCCGCUACAAUCCUGGGGACCAGAAUUACGAAACUUUCGAAAAUUACUUCAUCGACCGAUUGUUCAUGGCGAUUGUGAUGUCGUCAUUGAGAAACCGACCUUCAUCAUGAAGAUAGAUGCUAUAGUAAAUAUGUAUCAUCAUUUUUGCGACUUUUUCAACCUAUACGCAUCAUUGCACGUGAAUCUCUCGCACCCAUCUGCCUUCGAUACAGACAAUCAUAUAAUGAUUUGGGAAAGUUAUAGCUAUCGAUCGGCAUUCCAAGACACCUUCGAAGCAUUUACAAGAAAUCCAUUAUGGGACUUAAAAACAUUUCGAGGCGAAACAGUGUGCUUCAAGAACUUGGUGUUUCCUCUAUUGCCGAGAAUGAUAUUUGGACUAUAUUACAAUACGCCACUUAUUUACGGCUGUGAAAAAUCUGGAUUGUUCAAAGCCUUUGGCGAUCAUGUGUUGCAUCGACUUCAAAUACCUCUUCAUCUAAGAAAAGAUCGGAAGAUUCGAAUAACAUUGCUAAGCAGAGAUACUCAAUACAGAAAGAUCUUAAAUGAAAAUGAAUUAGUAAAAGCUUUAAAGGAGAAUCCAGAAUAUAAAGUUAAUAAGAUAGUGUACAACAAAAAUGUUUCAUUCAAAAAGCAAUUGGAAAUCACUAGGAAUUCCGAUAUUUUUAUCGGUAUUCAUGGCGCCGGCUUAACACAUUUAAUGUUUCUGCCGGAUUGGGCAGCGGUAUUCGAAAUAUAUAAUUGCGAAGAUCCUAAUUGUUACAAAGAUCUUGCACGGUUGAGAGGUGUAAAAUAUUUCACAUGGAAAGAUACAUCAAAGUUAAUGCAACAAGAUCCGGGGACACAUCCUGAUGGUGGGGCUCACGCCAAGUUUACGAAUUAUAGUUUCGAUGUUAAGGAGUUCCUCAGAAUCGUUUCGCUUGCAAAAAAUCAUGUAAAGCAUCAUAAUGCAUUCAAAAAGUUUAACAAUUCUCUUGGCAAAAGACAAAAUGAUACUAGAACGAUAGAUAAUGAAAAAUCAGUACAACCUUCUAAUACUAAAGAACCAAUACGAUUACAAAAAUCGGAUAUAUUAUCCAAAGAUGAAUUAUGAA